AAGCCAUCAACUGAUUUUACUACAUCAACCAAAAGUAACCACACUUCCCUCCAGAGGAAAAUUUGGGACCAGAGGAAUGAGCCACUAUUCCUAAGGAAUAAAUUCUUAAGGCUGUUAUUCAUCCAUUUAGUUUUUGCAGCUAGAUCUGGUGCAGAUCACUUUCCAUGGAGCUCCCUUUCAGCGCUGUGGUCUUCCUCUUCUUCUCCUACAAUCUCUGUGAUGCAGAAGACCGAAAACAUAAUGCAGUCCUCACUGUGUCCAAUGGAGGGAACGAUGGUAUAUGGGGAAAACCUGAAUUCUGUCCCACGGGAUAUGCAAAUGGAUUCCAAAUGAAGUUUCGCAGAGAUGUAAAUGAAGCCUAUAGAAAAGAUUUCACUCUGAAGGGCAUCCGUCUCCACUGCACUGAUGGGAAAACAGUAGAGUCUAAAAGUGGAGAGCUCGGGGAAUGGGUUGCGGUUCAGAAAUGCCCCCAAGGCAACAUGGUGUCCUUUUCUUUGACUAUUGAAAUACCACAACUGCUAAUUCCUCAUGCAGUCACUAACCUUGAGGUCCUCUGCAGUGGUGGGGCUAAAGUGAAGAAAGAUAUCUUUGAACGGAUGGAAGAGGGCAAAAUGAGCAAGCGCUGCCCUAGGGGCUUCAUAUGUGGCAUCCAAACAAGGGUGGGGAAUGAGCAUGAAGUGCUUGUUAAAGUAGAACUUCGUGACGUGAAGAUGUUCUGUUGUGACUGAUCCACCACCCUGCUGCACAGCCCUCUUCCACUGGCAACAGAGGAUGACAGGGUGGAGUGGUGGUGCUUACCUGGCCUCCUGACAGCUGAACUGCUGCUGCUUGCUGGAAGGGAGAGAGGCAAGUCAUUGGGGAGCUUGGUGUGGUGCAAACACACUGGCAGAGCCAAUCCAGUACUCCCGCUGGUGUGUUUGCACUGUGCCGACUGCUUCUCUUUCUGUCCUUCCUUGUAAGCAGCAGUGACUCAUCUGUUGGAGGGGUCACCGAUUCCCCACCCCCUGAAUGAGAUAAAGGGAUUGUAUUUAGACAGAAUAUAGCAUGAUUUUGGAAAUAUCUGGGGUCUCUUUCAACUUUCAAGUAUAUUUAGGCUGCUUAAAAAAUAAUAAUCAAGCUUGCUUAUAAUGUAGUAGUCAUGCACCAGAUCAUAAAA